AGUAAUUUAGCGCGAUGUCUGGACGUGGUGGAAAGACUGGCGGUAAGGCCCGUGCAAAGGCUAAGACUCGUUCAUCCCGAGCUGGACUGCAGUUCCCGGUGGGUCGUGUCCAUAGACUGCUCAGAAAGGGCAAUUACGCCGAACGGGUCGGGGCUGGAGCACCUGUCUAUUUGGCAGCGGUGCUUGAAUAUCUAACUGCAGAAAUUCUUGAAUUGGCUGGUAAUGCAGCUCGAGAUAAUAAGAAAAAUCGCAUUAUUCCUAGGCAUCUGCAAUUGGCUGUCCGAAAUGAUGAAGAGCUGAUAAACCUGUGA